UCAGGCCAAGCCCGGGCUUCCCGUCGCUGCGGCUUGUUUGUGACCGUGAUCAGGAGGGCUGGCGAGUCCAUGUGCUUAGGUUACUCUGUCUCAGCCUCACCUACUUCACAGGGUGGUAGUUGUGAAAAUAAAAUGGAGGAGAGGAGAACAAUGCUGUAAGCUGGUUUGGGUCUUCAUAAGGAAGAAAAGGAGCGUAUAAAUGUUUAAUAUGAAUAAAUAGAUGCCUCUUUUCACAUCGUGGAAAAAAUACUGCACUCCCCAAUUGAAUAUGAAAUUAUCAGUGCAAGUGAUGCCACAGAGAAACGGAGAGACAGUGAAGAAGGUGCUCUAGUGACCUCCAUGGAAGAGAAUUAAAUUCUAUAAAAAAAGAUUCUUGAGUAAACUCAUCCAUGGCAUAUCAUGCACAGUUCUUUGAGUGUGCUAAAAUACAUGUGUCAAUGAAUUUAAAUAAAUUUGGAUUCUCCCCCCCCCCCUUAAAUAUAAGCAGUGCAAGUUAAGCAUCUGCUAUACUGUUUUUACAUUUUGUACAAGUUUUAUUCCACAUUAACCACAUUAAGCUGUUUGUUUGUAAUAUUUAAGUCAGACUUGAUUCCCCCCACCAAUAAAAUAUUUCAGUCCAAGUAUUUGUUGCUUGGGACACUUCUAAAAAUAUUGUUUGCAAAAUAUAAAUCAACUUGAACAUGGUCAACCAGAUCAUGUUCUGAUUUGCACAUUUGAAAUUGUUCCAUUCAAUUUUGUCCAGAAAAACCAUCAUGGCUGCUAGUUGUGGGAAGGCUAUCUUCUUUUUGAAACAUCCAACCUGAAGAAGAGUUCUAACAAACGCAAAUGUUCACGCUCUCUUAUGUGUCAUUUGGUUGGUCUUAAUCAAAGGUAUUGUGUGGCUUUUGUUCCCUAUUUCUUUAUCUAUUCAUUUCCCUUAACUCCUAUGAGUGUGGUAAGUGGCUACAUUUUGCCCAGCCUGGGUUUGUGUAUAAAGUGGGGAUCCAGAGGAGAAGGGCAAAUAGGGAAAGGAGCGGAGGUGGUUACUCCCAACUAGUUAACCCACAUGAAGGUCUGUGAUUUGAGUACGUAUCUUUGAAUCUCUUUGAGGAUCUAACAACAUCUAGUUAAUCUUCAUUCUCUUCCCCCUUUUUUUUCCAAAGGAGCUGCUUCCUUUUGAUCCCUACAGAUGGCAGACAAAAAAGUGAUUGUGGUAUUUGGUGUGACAGAUUGGAAAAGCAGAGUGUGCCUCUGCACUUCAGCAGAAGGGAGGCCCUUCUUCACAGGCACUCGCCUGUCCUUCAAGCAGCUGCGAAUUGAGCAUAUACUUCUGCAGGUGCCCAGGGAGGUGCUGUGGCUAGGGCUCUGCUUGCAGAUGCAACCUUUCUGGUGCGAGGCAUCACCCGCAACCCACAGCAGAAGGCAGCCCAGAAGCUGAAGAAGAUGGGAGCAGAAGUGGUGAAGGCAGACCUAGAGGACGCCCAGAGCCUGGAGGUGGCCCUGCGGGGGGCGGAUGGAGCCUUCCUCGUGACAGAUUUUUGGGAACACCUCAGUGAAGAGCAGGAAGUGGCCCAGGGGAGGCGUGUGGCUGAUUUGGCAAAGCAGCUGGCCUUGAGCUACAUGGUGUACAGCGGCCUGGAAAACAUAAAGCAGUUGACGGGGGGCCAGUUGGCAGUGCCACACUUUGAUGGCAAAGGCCGAGUGGAAGAGUACUUCCAGGCCCUUGGUGUGCCUGUGACCUGCAUCAGGGUGCCCUCCUAUUUUGAGAACUUCCUGACUGUCUUCCGGCCUAGGAAGGCCUCUGAUCGAGAUGACUAUGAGCUGGCUCUUCCAAUGGGAAAUGUGCCAAUGGAUGGCAUGGCAGUAGCUGACCUUGGGCCAGUUGUGGUCACACUGAUGAAGGAGCCAGAGAAGUACAAAGGCAAGACCAUUGGUCUGAGCAUGGACAAGCUCACUGUAGCAGAGUACGCUGUAUUAAUAUCCAAACAUACUGGGAAAACCAUCAGAGAUGCUAAGAUAUCACUUGAAUCCUACAAGAUGCUGGGCUUUCCUGGUGCUGAGGAGCUAGCCAACAUGUUCCGUUUCUACCACAUGAAGCCAGACCGGGAUGUCUCCUUGACCCAGAAGCUCAAUCCCCAGGCAAGAACAUUUGAGGAGUGGAUAACAGAGCAAAGAACUGCUUUCAAGAACUUGUAAGAGAGGGAAGAGCUCUCAGCGGCUUUGUUCUCCUGUUUUAAAUAAAAAGAGCAGGUUCGG